GCUGUCUCUGAUCUCUCUGUUUGAUCUUCUCUGAUGUCUCCAGACUCUGUCAGGCUGCUGAAUGGUUCCAGUCUGUGUUCAGGCAGACUGGAGGUGAAGUCUAACCAGAGCUGGUCCUCAGUGUGUGAAGCUGACUUUGACCAGCAGGAUGCAGAGGUGGUCUGUAGGGAGCUCGGCUGUGGGCCUCCUUCGGUCCUCCAGGGGGCGCUGUAUGGAGAAGUGGAGGCUCCAGUGUGGAGCAAAGAGUUGCAGUGUGGAGGCCAUGAGUCUGCUCUCCUGGACUGUAGAAGCUCAGGCUCACCUAGAAACAGCUGCUCAGCUGGCAAAGCUGUUGGACUCACCUGCUCAGAGCCUGAUGAUGUCAGACUGGUGGGAGGAGCCAGUCGCUGUGCAGGUGAAGUGCAGUGGAGGCUCCAGUGUGGAGCAAAGAGUUGCAGUGUGGAGGCCAUGAGUCUGCUCUCCUGGACUGUAGAAGCUCAGGCUCAGCUAGAAACAGCUGCUCACCUGGCAAAGCUGUUGGACUCACCUGCUCAGGUAGAAGAGGAGCUGCAGCUUUGA